AUGUCUACUGCUUCCUCAUCACUAUUAUCAAACACCCUUUUUGUAAAUAGUAACGUAGUAUUACCUGUUAAAUUUCCUAUCGUUAAGAUUUCAACAGAAAGGUUUCGUCAUGAAAGGAGGUUUGAUACUAAUAAUCAUGUCCCAUUAAUCAACGAUAUUUUUAUGAAUGAAGUUGCUAUUAAGGUUAAUAUCGGCACACCGUCUCAAGAAUAUACGUUAUUAUUUGAUACUGGCAGUUCUGAUAUUUGGGUCCCCUCUUUUACUUGUUCACCAGAAACAGGUUGUCCUGAAUUUUUACAUCGUUAUGACCCUAAAAACUCGAGUACCUAUCAUGCAUUUAAUGAUACGCAAACUAUUCAUCUCAAUUAUACGAUUGGUCGAGCAGAGGGUGAAUACUUUGAAGACCUUCUUUCUCUUCAAGGUCUUACCAUUUUACAUCAAGUGAUGGGUAUGAUGAAUAAAAUAGAAGGUCCCAUUUCAGAUCAAAUGAAAACGAAGGACAGAAAUCAUUCGUCAACUAUUAUUAUGGAUGGUAUCUUUGGAGCAGGAUUCUCAUCCGGUACCAUGAGAGCUAUAAACGAUAACUUACCUUAUGAACCCUUUAUUCCUGCUCUUUACAAAUCUGGAAAGAUACCAGGUCCCCUCUUUUCUGUCCUUUUACCACCUCAUAGUGCAGAGGAGGGAAGCAUUGUAUUAGGUGGUAUACAUGAUUUUGUAAAGACAAUACUCUAUACAUCCGUUGUAGGACACAGUUUAGAAAAUGGCGAUAAACAAUAUACUCAUUGGCUUGUAGAAAUGAAGGCUUAUGAGCUUGCUACAAGCAUUACUAAUAACACGUAUUAUUAUUCUACGAAUCAUGCACCUGAUAUGUUUAAAGUAGACUGUCAUCUAUUUGAAAGCCCUAAUCGAGUCAAUUUCUAUUUCCCGUCCUCUUUUGAUCGACAAGAAAAAGAGAUAAAAGUUCCUAUAGCAAUCAAGGAUUUAAUAGCGAAAAGAGAAUCGGAUCAUCAAUGCUUCUUGUUAAUUUUACCGUCCCCAGAUAAUCGUAAUUUUAUAUUAGGAAAUAUGUUUUUAAGACAUUUUGUUACAGUUUUUGAUUUCAAGAAAAUCAACCACGAAUUGGAUUUUCUCCUUUAA